UUUUUUUUUUUUUUUUUUUUGCUCCCAUGUAAAAUUUUUCCUGUCAGGUACUGCUUCAUAGUUUUGAUCUUUUCUCUUGAAUUAAAUUAUUGCUUUAAUUGUUUGUUAUGGGUGAGACAAUUUUAACAUCCGAGGCAGCCUCAAGUUCGUCCCAGUUGAACUCGUCAUCCCGUAUAAUUUGUCGGGUUUGUCAAAAGCAAUUUUCGCAGUAUACCUGCCCUCGAUGUAAUACCCGGUAUUGCUCUCUUCCUUGUUACAAGUCUCAUAGUCUUCGUUGCACUGAAUCCUUUAUGAGAGAGAAUGUCAUGGGGGAACUACAACAAUUACAAUCAGAUGAGGGAAGUAAGCAAAAAAUGCUGGACAUACUAAAACGAUUCCACUCAGAAGAUGAAGCAGACGCCAUGGAUGGAGAUGAUUCCCCAUUGUCUGCGGAGACUAUUCAAAAAGUUCUAUCUGGGGAGGAGAUAAAUUUUGAUGAUCUAUCUGCUGAAGAAAGGAAACAUUUUCAAAGAGCCGUGGCCUCAGGAGAGUUAAGCAAAUUGAUUAAACCCUGGGAACCAUGGUGGUUGAAGCCUUCUGCCAGGAAUAUAUCUCUUGGUCGGGAUGGAGCUCAAUUAGUCCAGCCACUUGUGAGGGAGGAUGCAGCUCUAUCUUCAGAAGAUGACAUAGAAGGUGGUCCUUUACACGGCAUUCCACUUGGCCCCGACUCUCCAUUACCCUCAGUUUGUAAGCUCAGUGCAGCCAAACCAUCCCCUUUAUUGGCUAUUCACCUUGUUGACAUCAUGUACAGUUAUUGCUUUACUCUUCGCCUCUACAAUGGUGACUGGCAAUCAGAUCCCAUAGGAUCAGCCACGGUCUUGUUGAGCGUCUCUUCUGUUCUUGGUCAAGGGGGACAACCAGAGACACUGCUGGAAGCUCUAUCGCAUUGCCUGGAGCAAACGUGUUCACCGGCUUUCAGACACAUGGGUGGCUUACAAUUUGCGUUGGGGCUAAUCAAUGAUACAAUAGCCCUUUUUCAUCUCAAGGGUCCAGCCGUAGUUUGCUUACUUUGCGAUCUAAGGAGGCUAGUUCAACACGCAGAGAAGGAUUUGAAGUCAGAGAAGCCUCGCAAGUCCAGAAGUUCUGAAAUCAAAACAAAGCUCAAGUCCGCUGAAAGGAAAGUUUAUUUUAUAAUGUGCUGGGCUCACGAGCAGCCACGAGAAGCAUGGUCUUCCUUAGCAGCCAUUGUCGAGGCAGAGAAGAGCCGACUAGUGGAUGUCAUAGGGAGUAAGACAAACCUUCCGAAAAUGGAGAAAGUACAAAAUGAGGGCAAGCCUCUGAUUAAGGAAAUCGAAUAACUGACUAUUCUUUCAUGUAUUUCCAGAGUUCCUGUCCCGACGCAUUAAGCUCUCGCUAUGUGCGGGGUCCGGGGAAGGGCCGGACUACAAGGGUUCAUCGUACGCAGCUUUACCUUGCAUUUUUGCAAGAGGCUGUUUCCAUGGUUCGAACUCAUGAUCUCCUAGUCACAUGGUAGCAACUUUACCACCUACGCUAAAGCUCCCUUUAAAUUGCAAAGAUCUCUCUGUUACUUAUAAUUUUUCUAGAUACAUAGUGGACAGAGACAGACGUGAUACUUAAAUUAAUGCUUUAAGUCUUGGUUCUACUUUUGAAUUGUGUCCUUUUGGUCAUUGGAUGUCUCAUGAAGACGUGUUCCUAAUGUAGUAAUGUACUUUACACGUACACGCUGUUAGUGUAAUUAAAUUUUCUGGUAA